AUGGGUCGCUUGCACCAGUUCGACCUCCGCGCCGCGACCUCCGCCCUCUCUCUCUUUGCCUCGGCGUACGCAGCCGCCACACCUGGUCAGCCUGGCACCAGUAAUGCUCCCCUCGGCUCCUUCAAGAUCGUCGGAGACAGCAUCGUCAGCGCUCAGCAGGCAUGUCCCUCGCACCACCACUUUGCCGCCUCGACGUCUAAUGCCCGCUUUCCCCAGCUGUUCCUCGGCACCCUUGACAAGGUUUACAUCGUUGACAAGGUUGAAGACAACCCCACCAAGAUCAACGGUCAUCCCGCAUGGGCUGCUGAGUACUCCAUCAGCACCAACGAUGGUCGUCCGAUGGACGCUAUCACCAACACGUUCUGUGCUGGCGGCACCGUCCUCGGUAACGGCACUUGGAUCAACGUUGGAGGCAACCAGGCGGUCACCGCUGGAGGCGUCCAAGCCGACUCUCAGACUGGCGGCGGCCUGUACGAUGACCCGGACGGCGGCCAUUCCAUACAUUUGGUGUGUAGGUUGAUCGACCCCUGCGACGACGGGAGCUGCGAAUGGACCACGACCACUCCGAUGACAACCAGGAGGUGGUACCCAACCCUUGAGACGCUCGAGGACGGGUCUGCGAUCAUACUGGGAGGUUGCGACAACGGAGGGUACGUCAACGAUCGAUCCCAGGACAACCCGACCUGGGAGAUCUUCCCUCCGGACGGCAAAGGCAUCAUCAACUCCCCACUUCUCGCAACCACCCUCCCUGCCAACCUCUACCCCCUGGCGUGGUCUCUCCCAUCCGGGAAAAUCUUCCUCCAGUCCAACUGGAAGACGUCGCUCCUCGACUGGAAGACUCAGAAAGAGAUCCCGCUCGACGACAUGCCCGACGCCGUCCGUGUUUACCCCGCCAGCGGUGCCACCGCCAUGCUCCCGCUGACCAAGGACAACAACUACACGGCCACUCUCCUUUUCUGCGGAGGCUCUGACAUUCAGCCGGACCACUGGACGCCCAAGGCCUGGGAAAUCGUAGAUUACCCCGCUUCCACUUCAUGCGUCCGCAUCACCCCCGAUCUGUCCCGCUCGUACGUCCAGGACGACCCGCUCCCAGAGGGCCGCUCGAUGGGCCAGUUCAUCAACCUCCCGAACGGCAAGCUCCUGAUGCUCAACGGCGCGGAGACCGGCACUGCGGGCUACGGUACUCAGGCCUGGACAAUCCAGGAGUCGUACGCCAACAAGCCCGUCCUCAUGCCCAUCAUCUACGACCCCAGCGCAGCCCAGGGCUCGCGCUGGUCGCGCGACGGUCUCUCCGCCUCCACGAUUCCGCGCAUGUACCACUCCAGCGCCACACUCCUGCCCGACGGUUCCGUGUUAGUGGCUGGAUCCAACCCUCACGCGGACUACGCAGUCGACAAGGUCACCUUCCCCACCGAGUACCGUGUCGAGUACUUCUACCCGUCGUACUACAAUGAGCGCCGGCCCGAGCCUGCUGGUCUUCCCUCGACGCUUUCAUACGGUGGGCCGUACUUCAACGUCAGGUUGAGCGAGAAAGACCUCUUCCACGACAAGGGCAGCGUUAAGAGCGCCAAGGUCGUCGUCAUCCGGACCGGGUUCUCGACUCAUGGGAUGAACAUGGGGCAGCGCAUGAUCGAGCUCGACUCGACGUACACCGGUCAGCCUGACGGUAGCGCGACGCUUCACGUCUCCCAGAUGCCGCCCAACGCGGCGGCGUACCCUCCCGGCCCUGCUCUCCUCUUCGUCGUUGUCAACGGAGUUCCCUCCGUCGGCGUCCAGGUCAUGAUCGGAAAUGGCAAGAUUGGCGCUCAUGCAAUGAACCCUGUCGCUGAGCUCCCGAGCUCUGAGACACUCACGAGCUCUGAGGAAAACACGACGGGGGAGAAGCAGUCGCAGGGAUCUAACUCGGCCGCUGCCUCCGUCUCACCGUCGCUCUCCGCGGUCGCCGGAGCGUCUAUUGCGUUACUCCUCUCGCUGCUGUGA